AUGACAGGCGACCUCGACUUCGCGUUUCAUGGCUUUCCCGGUGGCGAGGUGUACUGCGGACCCGUUGAGGCUUUCGGCUAUGAGUAUGGGCGAGGCGAGUAUGAGGAUGAUGAUGAUGCAUGUACCCACUGGAACAGCAGUUUCCUUAAUGCGGACAUCGCGGUCGUUACGAUCGCGGGCGAGAACAGCGAUAAGGAAUGGUGCCGCUAUAGCAUCGAUCUGCGUACAGGUACACCGCUCGCGCAUUUCGAGGGACAUUCCUGUGGUAGAGACGAUUUCGAGCCCCUAGGGGACGACACCUGGAUUGUCUCUGGCACUGAUGGCAGCACCAUCCGUCGGUGUCCAUGA